AUAUGCCCCAUUUAUUAUUUGGCAUUUUUUUGGGAUAAGUAUAUGAUUUCAACCAUUGAAGUUGGAAGCGUUUUCAAAGAAACACGGGGAUUUUUGAUUUUUGCUUUUUCGAAGAAACACAGAGGGAUUUGAUUUUAGAUAUGGCAGUGAAUGGUGGUGAUAAGCCGCAUGUGGUUUGUAUACCAUUCCCAGCUCAAAGCCAUAUGAAAGCAAUGUUGAAACUAGCAAAACUCCUCCACCAUGAAGGCUUUCACAUAACCUUUGUUAACACAGAGUACAAUCACAAACGCUUCCUCAGAGUUAGAGGACCCAAUUCUCUCGAUGGCUUGCCAGAUUUCCGAUUCAAAACGAUUCCGGAUGGAUUGCCUCCUUCGGAUCCUAAUGCCCCUCAAGACAUGCUUUCCCUUUUGGAAUCAAUUAGAAAGAACGCACUAGAGGCGCCGUUUCUGAGCCUUGUUUCCAAGCUCAAUGACUCUAGCGCUUCUGGACCGGACAUGCCUCCGGUUACUUGUAUUGUCUCCGAUGGUUUUAUGAGUUUCACCAUCACAGAGGGUGAAGUUCUGGGUAUCCCUGUUAUAGUGCUCUAUACUCUGUCUGCUUGUGGUUUGAUGGGCUUUUAUCAGUUUCGUAAUCUUCAAGAAAAAGGGCUUACUCCGUUGAAAGAUGCAAGCUAUGUAACGAAUGGGUACCUCGAUACCAUCAUAGAUUGGAUUCCGGGAAUGAAAGAUAUUCGUUUGAAAGAUCUUCCAAGCAAUGUUCGAACCACGAAGCCAAACGAUAUAGGUUUUGAAUUCUGCAUCGAAGCAAUGGAGAGGUCUUCAAAAGCUUCAGCAAUCAUUCUCCACACUUUUGAUGCGUUGGAGCCGGAUCUAUUGAACGCUUUAACGUCUAUAUUCCCAUAUGUGUAUUCCGUUGGCCCACUUCAAUUACUUUUGAAUAAACUAUCAAAGAAAGACGAUUCAGAGUCCAUCGGAUACAAUCUGUGGAAAGAAGAAUCCGAGUGUCUCAAAUGGCUUGAUUCUAAGGAACCCGGAUCUGUAAUUUACGUGAAUUUUGGUAGCAUAGUGUCAUUGAAUCAGAAACAACAGGAAGAGCUUGGGUGGGGACUUGUGAAUAGCCACCAUAACUUUUUGUGGAUAAUUAGGCAUGAUUUGUUAACAGUUGAUGAACCUGACUUUGCAUUUUCGUCACCUGAAUUGGCAGCGGCAAUCAAAGAAAGAGGUCUAAUAGUAGCGUGGUGCCCACAAGAGGAGGUCCUCAACCAUUUGUCAAUCGGGGGGUUCGUGACGCAUUGCGGGUGGAAUUCAACUAUCGAGAGCUUGUCGGCGGGAGUGCCGAUGAUCUGUCUGCCAUUUUAUAGUGAUCAACCGACGAAUUGCAGAUACAUUUGCACUGAAUGGGAGGUGGGGAUGGAGAUUGGUGGUGAUGUGAAGAGAGAUGAAGUGGAGAAGGUUGUUAGAGAGAUAAUGGGAGAAGAGAAGGGGAAGAAAAUGAAGGAGAAGGCUAUGGAGUGGAGGGAACUGGCACAGAAGGCUACUGGUUCAGAUGGGUCAUCCACUUUGAAUUUAAACAUGUUGGUCAAGAAAGUGUUAGACUCAAUGGGAGGCUAGUAUCUCCAAUUUUCCAAAGUACCCUUGGUUUUAGUGGGUAAUCGCGCUAUGUAUUUGUAUUUGUAUUUUUAUUUUUUUAAUCUUUUCUUGUUCUUUUUCUGGAAAAGAAGUGCUUUCAAUACGAUUUCGUCAUGGAAAAAUGUCAUGCAUGAUUUGAGAUGUAAUUUUUUACCGCACUAUCCUUGAUUUUUGGCUCCGCCCCUGCCCAGAGCGGUUGUGGAGAUUUGUAUGUUUACUUUUUCCGCGGUUUUGUGAAAUGUAUAAGGAAGCUUGAAUUAUGAUA